CCGACUUCUCUUUCUGGGCUGGUGGGAACGUGGCCCCUUCUGCAACAGCUGCUCUCUGGGCCAAGUACGAGGUCGCAGCAGGAAGAGAAACGACGAGUAGCUUUGCUCCGCCUCGCUUUGAAUGCGACUUCAGAACUUCCAUGCAGGGGCCCGAGAAAGAGCCGGAGAGCUCCAGGUCUCAGCAGCCGCUACAGAACAAUUUUUCCCUGUUUCCUUCCACCAAAGGCUGGAAUUUCAGAGGGAAAAAACGCAAGCAAAAUUCCCAGGAUGAAGAUUCAGUCAGUGUCUGCAGCUUUGACUCAAGCGAACCCAGCAAUAAACGGGUCAGAACUCUUUCCAGAGUUACUUCACUGGCAAGUUUAAUUCCUCCUGUCCGAGCGACUCCUUUGAAGCGAUUUGGCCAGACACUGCAGCGUUCCAUCAGUUUCCGCAGUGACAGUCGGCCUGAUCUGCUUGUCUCACGACCCUGGUCUAGAAAUGUUCCUCCUCCUAGCACCAAACGAAGAGACAGUAAACUCUGGAGUGAGACCUUUGAUGUUUGUGUCAAUCAGAUGCUCCCAUCCAAAGAAAUCAAACGCCAAGAGGCAAUCUUUGAACUUUCCCAAGGAGAAGAGGACUUGAUUGAAGACUUGAAACUAGCAAAAAAGGCUUAUUAUGAUCCCAUGCUUAAACUCUCCAUAAUGACAGAGCAAGAAUUAAACCAAAUUUUUGGAACCCUGGACUCUUUAAUUCCACUACACGAAGAUCUUCUUAGGCAGCUGAAAGAAGUUAGAAAGCCUGAUGGAUCUACUGACUGUGUUGGUCACAUCCUUGUGGGCUGGUUGCCUUGCUUGAAUUCCUAUGACAGCUAUUGCAGCAAUCAAGUAGCUGCCAAAGCUUUGCUGGAUCACAAAAAGCAGGAUCUUCGGGUACAAGACUUUCUCCAGCGUUGCUUAGAAUCCCCCUUCAGCCGCAAACUGGACUUAUGGAAUUUCCUUGACAUCCCGAGGAGCCGUCUGGUGAAGUAUCCAUUGCUGCUCAGAGAGAUUCUGAGACACACACCAAACGAUCAUCCUGACCAACAGCAUUUUGAAGAAGCUAUUAAUAUUGUCCAAGGCAUCGUAGCAGAAAUCAACAAAAAGACAGGUGAAUCAGAAUGCCAGUAUUACAGAGAGAGGCUAAUAUAUCUUGACGAAGCCCAAAAGGACUCCUUGAUAGAUCAUUCACGUGUUGUGUGUUGUCAUGGUGAACUAAAGAACAACAGGGGAGUGAAACUACAUGUCUUUCUCUUUCAAGAAGUGCUGGUAAUCACUCGUGCAGUUGCACAUAAUGAACAACUUUGCUAUCAACUAUAUCGGCAGCCCAUCCCUGUGAAGGAUCUUGUGUUGGAAGACUUGCAAGAUGGAGAAGUACGAUUGAGUGGAUCCAUACGUGGAGCAUUUAGCAAUGAGAGAAUUAAAAAUUUCUUUAGAAUCAGUUUCAAAAAUGGAUCUCAGAGCCAGUCCCACUCUUUACAAGCAAAUGACAACUUCAACAAACAGCAGUGGCUCAAUUGCAUCCGCCAAGCCAAAGAAUCAGUCUUGUGUGCAUCAGGUGAUGGUGGAAUAUUUGACUUCGAAGGACAAUUCCUAACCUCAUCGAACAGGAGUAGAGUAUCCCUGCAAGAAUCAAAGCUUGAGCAAAUGGACCAAUUGGAUAGUGGGUCUGACUGCAGUAUGGACACCAGUGAAAUCAGCAUUAACUGUGACCACAUGGAACAGACAGACUCUUGGGAGAAUGACAAAGAGUGACAAAUAUCUGACAAAUUACGUGCAGCUCUUCUGAGUAUUACAUGUACAGUAUUUGCAUUCCACACGUGGAGCAAGAAAGCACUUUUAAUGUUUUGUGACAAUGUCAACUCCAUUUAUACCCUUCAACCACAGUAGUGUCACUGCCUGUGUGUGUAAUUUGGAAUUACAGUCUACAGUCCUGUGAUAUUCUAUAAAUGUCUCAGUGGUAGAUAGGUACUUGACCAAUUAGUUAAACAGAUCUGCUGUAUGUACAACCCCCAAACUACUGUUUAUAAACAGAUCGUUAUGUAAUAUGAAUACAAGGUGCCCUAUUUUGACCUCUCAUGUGGCCGCUGAACACAAGGCAUCUGCCAAGUGUUUUAGGUGUUAUCAGAGCCAAAAAUGUUUGCGCACAAAAGUUUCACAAAGUUUAAAAGGCUUCAAAUUAAGUAAUCCAUCAUUACUUGAUGUCAUGCAGCAUGAUUAUUUAAAGUAUAAAUUAUCAAUCAUAGGCAGAUCUUCCAUAUCACCCCAGUGCUUUUCAGUUGAAAGUAUCCACAUAUUCUGUUGAGUCAAGAUGUAAUGAGAAGUUGAGUGAUAUGCAAGCAGUGAACCAGUCCUACAACUUAGGAUAAGCUUGAAGUAGUUUAUGGAUACUGGGUUGACAGAAAACUAUUUUUAAAAGAAACCCAAAACUUGGAUUGGCACUUAAGAUCUUACAUAUUCUGUAAGAUCCAUGGAUUUAAUAACAGAAGUCUGGCUAGUGACCAGUGUGUGACCAUAGCACCGAUGCAAGAUAAACAGUUGAAGUAAAGGGAUGUUGGUAUCAGUGGUAAAGCUUCAAAUGGAAGUUCAGACUUUACAAAUUGUACUUUCAGAUAAGCAGGUGAUUAUGCAUAUCAAAUAUAUUCCAUUUAUAAUAAAAUAUAAAAACAACAAAGAAGCACCAGCAAGGGAAAAAGGCAUCCCAGUAACUUCACAAUAAAUUUCAUUUUGGUUUACCUCAAUGUGGUCCUGUUUAUACAUCCAGCUAGGAAGCUUAUGUGUAAAGUAUUGCUCUAUGGUAUGCCCUCCCUCAUACUUUUUAUUUUAAAAUUUUAGCCAUAUCCAGUAUCACACAGUUUCUAAGACAGUUUUUAUGGAAUGUGUGCAAGUAUAAGCUUACCAAUCCCUCAUUAUCACUAGCAAACAUUACUUACAUUCAUAGCUAUAUGGACACAUAUUGACAUACAUCUAUGGAGAGUCUGCACAGUGUGCUCUUCAGAGCCAGCCCUGAAAAGUACAGCCAGGAAUAUUGGAGUCCUCAAUACUACUGGUCCUGCAGGUAUUUCUGGAAUUUUAAGAGUACAAAGUGGUUGAAGAAGGGGGUCACACAGAGGUGGCUCUUAGCUUUGGAGAAAAGAUGCUGUUUGGCUUCUGUUUUCCAAGAAAUAGGAUGGUUCCGGUGUGACUGCAGGGAGAGGUUGCUAAGCCCAGAGAUAUAAAUAAGUCUGGCAAUGGCCAGGCCACAAGUACACAGAUGUGAUGUGCCUACCUCCAUUGAACACAGUUCUUUGCCUAACUGAUCAACUGGCAGGAGUGAACCAAAGCUGUGGGUUGUUUUUAGUCCCUUUCAAGUACUUUGUGAUUUUAGCCACAAGAAACAUCAAGUGCCAUGUUGGGGAAUGGCGAUUACUGGGGUAGGUUGAGACCUGUGGAAAACACGUGCUAAAACUUUUGUAGAAACCAGAAUGGAACUUUAACAUAAAAAGGGACCAUUUUUUCGGUGGUUGUCUUAAGAGAAAUCUGUAUGAAACUUCUUGUUCAAUUGAGAUUUUAACUGGCUUAUUUCAUUAUGAAACAAGAGAAGCUAAUUGAACAUUCCAUUUAAAACAGUGACACAACCUGGGGGAGAGGGAAUUCACUUCUGUCUAGAACUAUUCCAGGCUAUUCAAUAGUACUGUGGUUCUUGUUUGUACAUUUCAAAUAGAUUUAGGUUCAUAGCAAGUUCCUAGUCUAAACACACACUCUUGCUCCUAUAAGGCAGGAAAAAUAGCAAUGAAAUUGGUAAUGCUGGAUCAAACCUUCAUUUGAAAUGAAAGCUUGAACAACAGUAAGAUUCUGAAUUUACUAUACCUCUAAAAAUUGGUGCAAAUUUUACAGUUCAGUGCACUGAAUGAACAAUGCAGACUCCAAUGUCAGCACAAGCAGUACUAUUACUAAAACAUUGCCAACAUGUUUACAGAAAAACAGGGGAGUAAAUAUGUCAAUUUUUGUUUUUAUGUGUGUUAAAGGAAUGACUGUGUAAAGAUAAUCAAUAUAAACACAAGUUAAUUUACUUCUAUUUAAAAACCACUGUGGGCUAAAUUUUACUCACUAGAACAUAUUUCUGUAUUUAUAGGUUUUAAACAUGAUUGGUUUUUAGGCUUGUAAUUUAUUUAAACUGCUUCAUUUUGGAAGUUGACUAUUCAUGAAUCAUCUGAGGCUGAACAAGAAAGAAGCAUUUAUAAAAAGGAAGUUUAUUAGAGUGAACUACUGAAAUAACCGCUACUGGCCAAAAUGUCUGAGCAACCGUGUAAUGUCUUGAAUGAUUAAAAGUAACAUAUGUAUUGAUCAGAUUUCUGCAUAAAAGCUUUUCAAAAAA